AUGUCUAAAAUACAAUUGCUCAAUGUGUUUCUGCGCGAGCGAUUGAUAGCGACUGCUGUAGAGAUAUUUGGAGUAGUUGAAAAGACGAUAGUCGAGUAUCAAGAAGAAAUCUCCCGUUCGAAGGAGGAGAACGAACGGUUACAGAAGCUGUUGGAUUUGGUCAUUAAACCACAAAUCAAGUUACAUAGAGCAGGUUUGUAAACGACGACUACUUCAACUUACUGUUUGACUGGCUUGUAGCCUACUCUCUUUCACUGCCGUCGCUUGACGUUCUGCAAGCCCACAAUGUUUGUCACUUCUCUUGUCACCUGUCAAUCAAUUUACUAGAACCCAAUAUCAGUGGAUAGUUUUGUGUUCGACAACACCUAAAGCGAGACCGAGUCAAGACCGAGACCAGAAAAUGUUGUAAUAAGAGUUCAAAAUGUUAAGUAUUUCAGUUUAUAUUUCAGAAGAACGUGGAUUAUUUAUGGACAUUAAGAAUGGUGAAAAAAUGCAUGCUGAGGGCAAAUAGAGCCACUCUACAAAUGCUUACUAACCCAAACACAGUGCGGAACAAUGAGGGCCUUCUACGCUUUCAGAGAAAGGCUAAGGAUUUAUAAAAUAAUAAUAAUAUAAUUAUUUUCAAUGAUGUUUUGAUUGAAUCUUUUCAUUUUUUGUUAGAAAGUAAAGGGUUAACGCUGAAGAGAAAAAAGAUCCAAUCAGGAUUUUUCUUUGGUGGUCUCUGGGGAGAUAAAUCUAGCUAGCUAAGUCAGCCAUUGGCUAGGCCAUCAGAAGCGUGAUAGAAGGUACACUAUAUAUCAAAAGUAUGUGGACACCCCUUCAAAUUUGUGGAUUCGGCUAUUUCAGCCACACCGUUGCUGACAGGUGUAUGAAAUCGUGCACACAGCCAUGCAAUCUCCAUAGACAAACAUUGGCAGUAGAAUGGCCUUAUUGAUGAGCUUUAGUGACUUGCAACGUGGCACCGUCAUAGGAUACCACCGUUCCAACAAGUCAGUUUGUCAAAUUUCUGCCCUGCUAGUGCUGCCCCGGUCAACUGUGCUGUUAUUGUGAAGCGGAAACGUCUAGGAGCAACAACAACAGCUCAGCCGCCAUAGUGGUAGGCCACACAAGCUCACAGAAUGGGACCGCCGAGUGCUGAAGCGCAUAGCACGUUAAAAUCGUCUGUCCUCGGUUGCAACACUCAUUACCAAGUUCCAAACUGCCUCUGGAAGCAACGUCGGCACAAUAACCAUUCGUCGGGAGCUUCAUGAAAUGGGUUUCCAUGGCCGAGAAGCCGCACACAAGCCUAAGAUCACCAUGUGCAAUGCCAAUCUGUAGGCUGGAGUGGUGUAAAGCUUGCCGCCAUUGGACUCUCUGGAGUGAUGAAUCACACUUCACCAUCUGGCAGUCCGACGGAUAAAUCUUUGUUUGGCGGAUGCCAGGUGAACGCUACCUGCCCCAAUACAUAGUGCCAACUGUAAAGUUAGGUGGAGGAGGCAUAAUGGUCUGGGGCUGCUUGUCAUGGUUGGGGCUAGGCACCUUAGUUCCAAUGAAGAGACACCUUAACGCUACAGCAUACAAUGACAUUCUAGACGAUUCUGUGCUUCCAACUUUGUGGCAACAGUUUGGGGUGGGCCCUUUCCUUUUUCAUCAUGACAAUGCCCCCGUGCACAAAGCGAGGUCCAUACAGAAAUGUUUUGUCAAGAUCGGUGUGGAAGAACGUGACUGGCCUGCACAGAGACCUGACCUCAACCCCAUCGAACACCUUUGGGAUUAAUUGGAACGCCGACUGCGAGCCAGGCCUAAUCGCCCAACAUCAGUACCUGACCUCACUAAUGCUCUUGUGGCUAAAUGGAAGCAAGUCCCCGCAGCAAUGUUCCAACAUCUAAUGGAAAGCCUUCCCAGAAUAGUGGAGGCUGUUACAGCAGCAAAGGGGGACCAACAACAUAUUAAUGACCAUGAUUUGUGUGCUAAACGUGAUUUUAUUUUUUGCUAUGGGAAGUAAUAGUUGUACAUUUCGAUUGAGAAAUGCUUAGCCUAAUGGUUGUGUUUUUGUAUUCUUAUGAUUGGGAACUACUGGCUUAUUAUGUCAGAGUGAAUGGACUGCUGUCUUUCCAUCGGCCCAGUGCAGUGGUGUAGUGGUGCCUGGAGAAGUGGGUCCUGUGUGAAGGAAAGGCGCCCUGUGUGAAAAAUCCUAUGUUUUCCUAUAUAUUUUUAAAAUGUUCACUCUCAAAAUCACAAUUUAAAAAAAUAAAAGUACAAAAAAAAGACAAACGUGAUCUAUGUCCACAACAAUGCUUAAACCACAUCAGGAUACAAUUUAUGAGGUCUGGGAAAAAUCGAAAUAAUAUAUUUUUGGAGGGUGUAGUUGCCCUUUAAUUCAAUUGAGCAAAACAAAUGCCUUCCCCAUUGAUACAAAUCAGCAUUAUAUCAUUCUGUCAGGUAGGCCUACCAUGCAGUCAACAUUUAAUUGGGAAGGUUUUUUGGGAAAGCCUUUAGAAAUGUUCAUGCAAAGAGUGCAUGAUGACUGAAUUGUGGAUCGCAAAUAGCCUACUAACCAAGACUAAGGACCAAACUUUUUCAAUACCUGGUUUGCAUACCAAUUGUUGCCUUAGUUAACAUUUUACUGGUAGUUAUCAUAAGUUGAAACUUCUUUCCUACCUACCGGCUACCGAUGUCAUUCUUCUGUGAGCUUCUCCAUGCGACAACCAGUUGAGAGCUGUGCGCUCUUGCUGCCUGCAGAUGAUAUUCUGUGACGCUAGGCUGUGUGCUGCGCGGAUGUGAAUAUAUUUCACAUGCUUUGCGAUUGUGUAGGCUACUUUGUGCAUGAUUUAUCUAUUGUACUCCAUAAUUAAUAAGUCUUAUACCUCCACUACUCUACUUUGAUACUUCUUAAUCCCUUCCGUUGCGUGAGUAUAGCCAAUGCCCACUGAAAAACAAAUAGUGGGUAUAGGGUGUAUACCUGCGUAUAGUCUCCAUUACAAAAAGUGCACUCUCCUACACGGUAUUAUGGUUGCGGUUCUUUCAGCAUCACGAGCCUGUUACACACUGAAAUCCUAGGUCCAAUAGGUUCGCCACUGCGCAAACAUGUCUAUAAUAGAUAUAAAGACUGUUACAAUUUCACCCUGUCUCCCCUUACUAAUAGUGAGCGUGCAACUUUCCAACAAUUUCCCCCACUCUUCCUUACCAGCAAGUCAAGGGAAUUCGGACAAAGUUUGAGGGAUAUUUUUCAAUGAAAGUAAAGGAAAGUAAUGUUACCAGUAAAGUAGGAAUCCCAGUUUUCAAUAGGGGAAAAUAUAUAAAUGUUUCAAGAAAGGAGUGUGUCCUUUAGGAAGUAUUCAGGCCCCUUGACUUUUUCCACAUUUUGUUUACGUUACUGCCUUAUUCUAAAAUGGAUUUAAAAAAUAAAAUAAUCCUCUACACACAAUACCCCAUAAUGACAAAGCGAAAACAGGUUUUUAGAAAUGUUUGCUAAUUUAUUAAAAAUAAAAAAGAGAUACCUUAUUUACAUAAGUAUUCUGACCCUUUGCUAUGAGACUUGAAAUUGAGCUCAGGUACAUACUGUUUCCAUUGAUCAUCCUUGAGAUGAUUCUACAACUUGAUUGGAGUCCACCUGUGGUAAAUUCAAUUGAUUGGACAUUAUUUGGAAAGGCACACACCUGUCUAUAUAAGGUCCCACAGUUGACAGUGCAUGUCAGAGCAAAAACCAAGCCAUAAGGUCGAAGGAAUUGUCCGUAGAGCUCCGAGACAGGAUUGUGCCGAGGCACAGAUCUGGGGAAGGGUACCAAAACAUUUAUGCAGCAUUGAAGGUCCCCAAGAACACAGUGGUCUCCAUCAUUCUUAAAUGGAAGAAGUUUGAAACCUCUUCCUAGAGCUGGCCGCCCGGCCAAACAGAGCAAUCGGGGGAGAAGGGCCUUGGUCACCUCCCAGACCAAGAACCCGAUGGUCAUUCAGACAGAGCUCUAGAGUUCCUCUGUGGAGAUGGGAGAACCUUCCAGAAGGACAACCAUCUCUGCAGCACUCCACCAAUCAGGCCUUUAUGGUAGAGUGGCCAGACGGAAGCCACUCCUCAGUAAAAGGCACAUGACAGCCCGCUUGGAGUUUGCCAAAAGGCACCUAAAGACUCUCAGACCAUGAGAAACAAGAUUCUCUGGUCUGAUGAAACCAAGAUUGAACUCUUUGGCCUGAAUGCCAAGCGUCACGUAUGGAGGAAACCUGGCACCAUCCCUAUGGUAAAGCAUGGUGGUGGUAGCAUCAUGCUGUGGGGAUGUUUUUCAACGGCAGGGACUGGGAGACUAGUCAGGAUUGAGGCAAAGAUGAACGGAGCAAAGUACAGAGAGAUUCUUGAUGAAAACCUGCUCCAGAGCGCUCAGGACCUCAGACUGGGGUGAAGGUUAACCUUCCAACAGGACAACGACCCUAAGCACACAGACAAGACAACACAGGAGUGGCUUAGGGACAAGUCUCUGAAUGUCCUUGAGUGGCCCAGCCAGAGCCCGGACUUGAACCCGAUCUAACAUCCCUGGAGAGACCUGAAAAUAGCUGUGCAGCAACGCUCCCCAUCCAACUUGACAGAGCUUGAGUGGAUCUGCAGAGAGGAAUGUGAGAAACUCCCCAAAUACAGGUGUGCCAAGCUUGUAGCGUCAUACCCAAGAAGACUUGAGACUGUAAUCGCUAUCAAAGGUGCUUCAAGAAAGUACUGAGUAAAGGGUCUGAAUACUUAUGUAAAUGUGAUAUUUCAGUUUUUUUUAUUUUUAAUACAUUUGCAAACAUUUCUAAAAACCUGUUUUUGCUUUGUCAUUAUGGGGUAUUGUGCGUAGAUUGACGAGGGGAAAAAACUAUUUAGAAUAAGGCUGUAAUGUAACAAAAUGUGGAAAAAGUCAAGGCGUCUGAAUACUUUCCGAAUUCACUGUAUCUGCUCUGUUAUGCGCUGACUGAAUGGAAGCUGAUAAUUAUGAGUUUUUUUACUUGGCUGGUCUCGGGAUGAAAUUACGAGUCCUCACAGUUUGAGACAGAGUCUAGACCUAGUAAACAUGUAUCCGAGACAAGACAGACACACUCAAUAUGUGGUCUCGAGCCAAGACCAGUCUCGAGUACUACAACACUGUCAGUGGAAGAUUUGUUUUCGUAUUUAAACAUGUAAUUUUACAAUAAACAUUGACAAUAUUAGUAUGACUGUGUAUUGACUAACAUGUAUUUGCCUGUCCUUCCCUCCAGACCCUAGGCAGCAUGUCUCUGAAGAAGAGGUUCCCCUUGAGCAGGAGAUGAGGAGCCCCAGUCUGCGGCAAGAAAGUUCAGAGCCCACACAAAGUACAGAGGAACAGGACCUCAGGACAAGACUGGUAGAAGAGCAACUGCAAAGGCCUGAGUCUCAUAGUCAAAACAUAGAGUUUGUGUUCACUCCUCCUUGUGUGAAAAGUGGGUUUGACCAGGACCCUUGGCCCUUGCACCUUUUCCAAACCCAGAUUGUGGAGGACAAUGAGAAUAAUAAUCUGUCGAGCACCCUAGUGGAACACAUGAAAACAGAACCUGAUGGAGAGGGCUACGGAGUACCAACGAGUGACCCACAGUUCCUGUUUGCAGGAAACGCACACUGUUCUGCAGCUCCGAGUGAAAACGUGAACAGAACAGAGAUUGGAAGCCCUAUUCAACGGAACACAAAGAGAGGACGACCAUUUAGGCAUAUAGGAACGCUGUCGGAACUUAUGAAGAGACGCGCA